CCCCGCCCCACGGCCCGCGGGGGGGCGCCUGGCCGAGCGGGCACGCCGGCGGCUCCCGAGGUGCCCCCCCCCUCGCGCGCCGCGGCGGCAGCCGCGAUGGGCAGCGAGGGGCUCCCGUUCCUGCGGGACUCUAUGGACUACGCCAACAACGGCUCCGCCAUGCCAGAGUCCCACGAGGAGCCUGUGAAGCGCGGCAUGCGAAUCGUGGAGAACGCUUUCAACGGCAAGGUAGAGGCGCAGCUGCAGGAGCUGCAGGGCCUGAAGAAGCUCACCGAGGAGCUGCAGCUCCAGUCCAACGUCUUGAACGAGAAGAACUCGACGCUGCAGGCGGAGCUGCACCAGAGCCAGCAGGUGGGGAACCAGCUGGCGGACGAGAACAAGGAGCUCUUCAAGCAGGUGCAGCAGCUUCGGAAGAAGAUGGCGCGCCUGGACAUCCUGAAAAACAAGGUCUUGGAGUCCAUCACCCACGCGGGUGACGACGAUGACGCUUUGGAGGUCCGCCGCGCCCCGCGCGAACGCACACCCGAGGUGGUCGCCCGGGGGGGUGGGCCCGCGGGCUCGUCGAGGCCCGGGCGGUCCCUGUGCUCAGGCCUGCGCGCCCAUCUCCCUGGUGCUCCCUCGGGAGCUCCAUGAUCACCGAGC